AUGCCCCCGGCGCAGGGACGUUCGCCGAGACCGGUGCGCGCCGCGCUGUUGGCCGUCGGCCUAGCGGCCGUGGUGGGUGCGGCAGUUUGGCGCUGGACACGCUCCGAAAAUAAAUUGGAUGGGGGGCAAGCUGGUGCGCCGAAAAAGCGCAGCGGAAAGAACCCCACACUGAGCCUCUCUUUUCCGGUGGAUACGGAGCUGAAAAACGAGCUUACGCACAACGGUGCUUUGCAGAAUAACGUCGAUGGGCUUCUAGCACAGCUCCAGGUGCUGUUCCAGGUACACGCUCUUAUCUGCUCGCCCUCGGGCGAGAAGCCGGCGCUGCCGGGCGUUGAAACGCUGCGCACGCUGCCGUAUUCGACCGCCGAGGGGCGUGCCAUGCUCGCGCGAGCUCUGCAGUGCCAGUGCCAUGUUGAGCUCGUAAUUGUCAACGAGAAUGGCUAUGCCUCGCUGUGGAACGGCGAGGCGAACCAGGGCGAAGAGCUGGCGUCGUAUUGCACACGCCUAGAGCAACUCGCUCGUCAGGUCGACACGCUUGUCGUGGCGUUUGUACCGGGCGUGACCUCUUCGGGCGUCAAGGCCGAUGCGGUGCUUGCGGCGUACAAGCAGCACGCCGUGUCUGCGCGCUCUAAUACACACCUCGUCGAAGCGACUGAUGCAGACGGCUGGACGGCGCUCGCGCAGACGCUUGCGCUCCAGCGCGAUGCGUGGAACUAG